AUGUCUCUACCAUCCAUAGCCUCUAUCUUGAACUCAAAUGACACGUCCCGCACAUCACCCUUGGCGCAAGCCCUGGCUACUCUGUUCGAGCCGUCCGAGAUUCUAUACACAAAGGUCGUCCCAAAUCUUUCCCUUGGGCCAUCUACAACGUACACGUCCUUGAUUGAUUCGGCCACAAUACUUAUUCUCUCACUCCCUUUGGCGGAUCAAGCCCACUUCGUAGCGGGGCACCCACGCAUCGGGGAAGUCAGCAACCUCUCAGCCCUCAGCGCCGCUGAACAGGCCAAACACGCGACUCCUCCCGAAGUAUUGGAAAGGCUAAAAGAGCUAAACGAAGCGUACGAGAAACGAUAUCCUGGGCUAGUUUAUAUUACGUUUGUAAACGGACGCACGAGGGCAGAUAUUGUUCCUGAAUGGAAGAGGCUGUUACAGGAGACCCGGUGGAAGUUGGCGGAGAGGAUUGGAGGAAGGAGUUGCAAAGGGCUGUAG